AUUUUUACAACUACAGAGGCUGCAGAGGUGUUUUAGUUUUAGCUCCCUGUAUGUAUGCUGUUACCCACGUGAUUUUAGCGGAAGUGAAUAAGUCUGGAUCUGACUGCUGCCGGUAGCUGCAGGUGUCAUAAACAGGCAGAUGAAAAUACAGAAAGAGCCCUGACAGGGAGGCACAGUCUUCUGCUUGAACUAGUAUGGAUGUAGAUGAAUGUAAUGGCCGAUCUUACACCUCAGCAAGUGGAGACUCAUCAAUGGAAAGAGAGUUUUCUGGGGCUCUUGGAGGUCCUAUAGUGAGCACCCCCAACAGCAAAGAAACAUCCCCCAGUCGCUCCCUGAGUGCCAACUCUAUAAAAGUGGAGUUGUACAGUGAUGAAGACCCGGGACGCAGUACUGAAGAUGAAAGAGGGGAGCGAGUAGAAGGAGGAGGAGGUUCAGAACACGGAUCUGAGGCUGUUGGAGGCUACAGGGAGCUCGCCAACCCCGACACCAUGCCGAGCGGCGCCACCAGGCUGCCCAAUGGUAAACUCAAGUGUGACAUCUGUGGAAUGAUCUGCAUUGGGCCUAAUGUUCUCAUGGUGCACAAGCGCAGCCAUACAGGUGAGCGACCGUUCCAGUGCAAUCAGUGCGGUGCCUCCUUCACUCAGAAGGGUAAUUUGCUUCGACACAUCAAGCUGCACUCGGGGGAGAAGCCCUUCAAAUGUCCCUUCUGCAGCUACGCCUGUCGGAGAAGAGAUGCACUGACUGGACACCUCCGCACUCAUGCAGUGUCCUCUCCUACGGUAGGGAAACCAUACAAGUGCAGUUAUUGUGGCCGUAGUUACAAACAGCAGAGCACCUUGGAGGAACACCGCGAGCGUUGCCACAGCUACGAACAGAGUCUGGAACCUCAGCAGGCUGGAAACGCACAGAAUUCAGGAGAGGAGAUGAGGGAGCUGGAGUUUAUAACAGAUGCUGUACUGCUUCCUUCUACGGACAAGAUGACUUUUAUAGAUCGACUGGCAAACAGCAUCACCAAACGCAAGAGAUCCACACCACAAAAAUUUGUAGGACAAAAGCACAUGCGCCUCAAUCUUGCAGAUGCACCUUAUGAGCACAGUGCUAGUUUGGAUAAAGAUGGGGAGAUGCUUACAGGAGACCUUGAAGCACAGCACUUUACUGGAUUAGGAGGAGAAUACACAGGUAUAGCAGGGAACGGAGGAGGGGUCACAACAGAUAUAAUCAAGCCUCAUCAUCUACCCAACGCUCACUCUUCGUGUUUGCCAGACCUCAGGCAGGUGCACAGCUCCUCCCACACCCCCGUUGCUUUAGGGCCAAGGCUGGACUGUACUGGAACGGGGACCGGACUGGGAGCAGCAGGUGUAGGAGGAAGGGAGGCGGCAGAGGGACACGAAGACCUGCCCACCGGCCGAAGUCACGCGCCGUCACCCAUCAACGGCUGCCAGGACUCUACAGACACAGAGAGCAUGCCCGAUGAGCCCUGCAACAGUACUGCUCUGACCCCAGCCCUGCACAGUAACAAUGGUCACCACCUCCUCUACUCAAACAACCACAACCCAGUGCCUCCUCCAAAUGCACACCACAGGUACCGGGACAGACACAGUCCCAGUCACGCCAAAGAAAGGGAGCUGGAAAGAGAGGACGGCGGUCACUCAGCCCAACCGCCUCCUUCCCUCGCUCCAACCCCCAGCUCGCCCACAGCACCUUCAUCCACUUCCAGAGAAGCUUUCCGGGUCGUAGAUGGGGAAGGACGACCCGUGCGCUCUUUUCGUUGUGAACACUGCCGCGUCAUUUUCCUGGAUCAUGUUAUGUUUACCAUCCACAUGGGCUGCCACGGUUUCCGCCAGCCAUUUGAGUGUAACAUCUGUGGCCACCGCAGCCAGGAUCGCUACGAAUUCUCCUCUCACAUCGUCCGUGGAGAGCACGUCUUUGACUGAGGAUGAAGAGGUGAACAGCGUAGGUCUGUUUGUACACCAAGACAGGAGCCAGAGACCUGGCAGGGUUUGGUCUGCACACAAAAUCGAAGGGCACUGAUGACCUGAGGGGGGCGCUAGUAGAGUUUAGUCUCUACCAGCACUAAGAUAAACUUUCUUACAAUCGCUUCGAUGCACUCCAGUCCAAUUAUACUCAAAAUGCACUUUGAAUUAUAGGUAUUCUGAAACCACUUAACUCGCUGAUGCACUUUUUCGUCCAGACGUGCCUUCCUCCGAACCUGAAACCUGCUAAAGAAAUUAUCGAGGACAGAUUUGAACUUUGUCCGUAAAAAUAAAACGACGCCUUGAGCACUUUAACAGAAAUAUUAUUCAAAUGAAAUUCAUCGGUCGUCUCAUCUUCAACGUAAUACUUUGUUUUAACUAAAGAUAACUUAAACUUAAAUUAGUUUACUAACAUUAAGACAUUCAUCUUUUAAUUGGAGUUAAUCGUAAAAAACGAGCCUUAAAGAGUUAAAGGUUGUUUUUAAUUUUUAAAAUAAAAAAGAUAAAGUGCAGACCAAACUCAAACACCAGGUCCAAGUUGAAUAGAUGAGUUGAAUGAGUUGCUCAUGACCCUGAAAUGCACUUUGAGUUCCAGUGGCGGUGUG